CUGACCUCUAGUCGGAAGUUUAAAAUAUAGCGGGACUUUCACACAUACACACCUCUCUUAUAAAAGCUAAAUUUUUCAAAAAUUGUCUGCAUAAUGUCGUACUACGAGUUUGGAAUCUGUCCGUACGACAAAACCCACCGCAUUAUGCUGUUCCGGAUGCCCAAGCACAUCGUCAAGUGUGAGAAGAACUACCGCGGACCGCCACUGAAGAUCUGUAAAUAUAACGCCACGCACCGCGUUCUCGACAUGGAGGAGCACCUAAAGGAGUGCCCCUACUAUCUCCGCACCAUAGAUAACCAUGCUGUCCAGAUAGCCCUCACUUCUCGCAUUGCGCCCAUCCAGGAGGAUGGAAACGAUGCCAACACACCACUCUAAGCUAAGAUAUUCCAGAUACCCCAAUUAUAUAUACUAUGUAUAAUGUGUAUAACCCACAAAAAGCUUCUUGAAGAAGCGCCAUAAGUAAACCCAUUUUUCGUUUGAUUGCAA